CUUGACUUUCCCCGCCUCGAUUUUUUUCCAUAUUUUUCCGCCGUAUCAUGAAGUUUAUAGCUUCCACAAUAAUGAUAAACCGGCACUUAAGUACUACCCAAGAAACUCUCGCAGCACCCCUAUUACACAUCUCGCUUGACUUGCUUGUGCUCCUUCACAAAAAUCUUCAUGACACAUCAAAACCACUGAGAAUAGGACGAGGUAGUGACCGAGGAAGGUUGUAGUUCUAGUUGAAACGCAGACAGGGCAACAAGGUAGUAACACCACCAGAGCUGAAAGAACGUAGUAACACCUGUCUCACGGACGAACUUCAAGCCCGAUAUUCGAAUUUGUCCUGUUGCAGUUGUUAACACUGAGCAGCUGCCAGUACGAAAUAUAUUUGUAUCUUCUCUACGUCUACGAGACGAAAACAAAGAUAAAGAAGAGAGUACUUCUACAACAAACUCUUCAACGAAAAUAAAUUCUGUCCGUACUAAAAUCCAAACUACUUGUUCUAAAACACGACGACCACGCCCUCAAUAUAAGAUGGUAGCCGACGCCACGCCGACCCUGCUUUCCCCGCAGCACGAGAAGUCUCCGCACCCCUGGGAGCGCGGUACCACGCCUACCAUGGAGGAAGACGAAGACGACAUCCGCCACGCACUUAGCGAUGAGGAGGAGGAGGAGGAACAGACGCUGGAACAGGUCACGGACCGCUACUUUGAGUUCAUUAACAGGUGCGGGGUGGUGGACUCGGAAAUGAGCGGCAUCUCGGCCACUGGAAAAUACGACGAGUACAAAAAGUUCGCCAAGACCGCCGACAUGGAGAAGUGCGUGUUUGUCCAGUGUGAAAAAAGAGGAACACUAUUGACCGAGGGAGAAAAGAAAACGGCUUUUCAGUUGGACCAGCAGGAACAGGAAAUUUUCACGGCCCAGAAACUGUCCUCCAACAACCGCUUAUCUUCCAAACACAACCCCCUCUUCGCCAUCGUUGCCAGGUUGAGCUGCUUGACAAAUAGUAAAACCAAUCCCGACGGUGCAACAUCUACAGCUUCUGUGAACAACAAGACCACUUCAACUACAACCACGUCCGACACCACGACAGCAACGACCCCAAAUACCUCCUUGCAGGAAACAAACGGAAGCGACCCGAAGUCCCGGGUGGAAUCUUUGAUCAAGAAGUUGAACGAGCGCUUUUCCACCGAACCGGACAGCACCCACGCCUGCUUGCUAUUGCAAUGAAAAAUGCCUCCACCCCGGAAUGUGCACAAGUUUCUCAUGCGAAGCUUCCAAAUGAAAGCUGUUUGUCUUGCAUUUAUUAAGGACUGCGAGCCUCUCUGAUGCAGAAUCUAGGCACGCCAGGUAUCCUCUGCAUAACAAACCAUCAUGCUGUUGGGCUCCUUCGCAACACAACUUCGAGCUAUUCAGCAUGGAAAAUUUGUGAUGCUGAUACAUAGAAGACGGGGAAUGUUUCCAUUGGAAAGGUUUGCAUUACAAAUGCUGCUGAGUAGUUCUGCGGUAGGAGCAUUUUUCACUGUAAUACUUGCGGGGCGUGAUUCUCGACCCGGAGCUGCACGAAGCGUUUUUGCUAGCAAAUGACGAGGAAACGAAGAAAACCUUUUACGACACGGUGCAGAUGGUCAAGAACUACCAGUAUGCAUUACAAAAGUAUGGCACUCGUAGUAAAAGUAAUUGCCAUCACGCAUUACAAAUCUCUUUCUUAACGUAAAUCUACAUUUACCAAUUUCAUCUGUAAUGCUAGGCGAAUUUGUCACGCUUGCGUUUUCUACUAGUACGGUACUUUUGCAAUGCAUAGCCGACUGGUCUUCGAAAUCUGUUUGAAGGAGGAAAAUUUGGAAAAGGAGUUGCCGAAAGUGUUGGAAUUGGUGGAAACGGUCAGUACGGAAAUCGUGAUUAAAAUUGACUUAUCUUCGAACAGUUUUAUCACGGGAUUGUCAGGGACAGUAUCCACAGUAAAAUUUUUCCCGUACACGUACAAAUGCUGUUUCCGCAUGACGAAACUUACCUUCAACCUUAGUCGGCAUGACAAGUUGCUCACUCCAAGUUUGCAAAAAAAAUUUGUCAUGCAUUUCGUACAUGUGCGGAAAUGAAAAAUUGUAUUGCAUAAACUGGGACUACAACGACCACUACCGGCGCGACGUCGUCUUUCAAUCUGAUCCAAGCGCUGACAGAGGCGGAGGCGAGAUUGGAGCAGGAAGAAGUAGCCUCCGGAGUAGAGCAGCAGACCUAUGCAUUGCAAAAGUAACGUACUAGUAUAAAUUGCAUUACAAAUUUUGGCAAGAAGAAAAGUGGAAUUUGUAAUGCUGUUUUAAUUUUGGAGAGAGAUUUGUCAUGCAUAUUUGCAAUUAGAACGAGCGCGAUAUUUUUGCACAGGAUAAGACCGCGAGUACGACGAUGACCCACGACCCGGUGGAGGUUUUGACCAUUCUGGAGAAGAUCGCCAAACACCGGCUAUGAACUGCAAAAGUAUCGUACUAGUGUAAAUUGCAUUACAAAUUGACUUAGCAUUACAAAUAAGAUCUGUGAUGCGGAUUUGCCAUAACAAAAAGAUUUGUAAUGCAUGCACGCAAUCAGUACGAAACGAAAACGAAUACGAUACUUUUGCACAGGAUACUGGCACGUGCACUGCAAGUUGCUCGGACACGAGGAGAAAUUGACCAAGGCGUGCUUGCGCUGGUUCGGCCCGGACCGCUGCAUGUUCGCGACCAGUUGGAAUGAUGGCGAGGUAGUUUAUUUGAUCAUGAGUGCUGAUUGUGAAGAUUCUGCUCGUGCUCUGCUGGUGCUGCUUGCAUCAUGACACAACCAAGGCAGCUACUUUUAGUUGUAUUGCUAUUGGUAUUGCAUGAAAGUACACGAGCACGACGCAGUGGAACAAAAUGCUUUCAGGUGACCCACAAUCCCUCGCUGGACAAGAUCAGCAUCCAGAUGAAGCGCGUCAUUCAGGCCGUCGUGGAGUCGUAUCUGGAGGAGCAUGGUCUCCGCGACCGCCCGUCGUCACGCGAGAGCUGCUGGACCAUGGGCUUUCCGCAGAACUGGUCCAGCGAGGACCAGUAUCGCAAGAAAAAAGUGUUACAGUUACACAUUGUGUUGCAGGCCAAGCAAGACAGACAAGCUCUGUCAUGCCGGAUAUGCAUAUGAGCCUCGUUUCGUACGUGUUUUCCCGUAGGAAUUCUGCAUUACAAGUUUUCUCUCUCAUGCAGAGAAAUUUGCGUUGCUGAAUUCCCUACAAAUGUGUAACUGUAACACUUUUUUCGUGGGAUAACCAGAAAUUGGACCUGCGCACCCGGUAUCCCAUAUGUGAGAUCACGAUGUUCACUCGCAAUUUGCAACGGUGUCGUGCAGAGUCAGGGCCAAAUUUGUACCUGGUUAACAGUACAUGUACAACCUUGUUCCGAAAAAGAAUAAUUGAUUCUUUAGGCCUAGGCAUUCGCACAAUUGCAAAAAAAGCAACUUAAUACCGGUGAGUAUCGUGAUCUUGCACGGGAUACGUGGAUUACCCUGGAGAAAAUCUUCCGAAAAAAUGCGGAGCGGAAGUAUAUCAUGUAGAGGAUAUUUUCAGCGGCUUGAGCUUGAUUUUAUCAAGAGCCGGGGAGGUCGUUUGGAGCUGGCACAAGUGGCUAUUGACGACCACUAGUGCUACGUAGAGAUCAAGUCCACUUUAAGUUUUUUGUUUAGCUGAACAUUUUCUGUUCGCUGAUCGAUUUGUGUUUUUCUAUAUUUCUUUUUCUUUUUUGCCAAGCGACUUCGACAGCACACGACACCGAAAAGCGACUGAGCUAUUUCGACAUUUCACAAAAACAAAUACAAAAACUAUAUGACGGUGCUCCGCCUGCGCCUGGAGGUGUUAUAAAAAACAAAGAAGCAAUAGCAAUGUAACUUCGUUUAUACGUUCCACUAUUUUCAGAAUUGCUUCGGCAUCUUUGUUUCAAUUUUUUCAAAGCUAGUGCUAGCGGUGAACUAAAUAUGACUGCAUUAUCAAAUACUAAAGCACAGGAAUCUGUUUUACGAUUUCUUCUGUAAGCGCUAGCAGCAACCAGCAUACCGUCCGGCGGCCCUCCUAUUGACGUACGGAUUUAUAUUCUUUCGAAGCACCGACGAAAGCAAAUUCUUGCGUAUAUAUUAGCUGAAUACAACUCUUUUUUAUCUUUUCUUCUUUCUAGUGGCCGCUAGCGCUACUCCCAAACAACUUUUUAGUGGCAAAAUAAAAAAGUGCGACAUUAUCUCCUGUAAGUAUUAUCCAUUGGGAAGAUAAAGUUAUUUUUUUAUAAUCAUGUUUCGCGGGUGGAACACGGCGAACUGUGUGUCCGACUUAUUGUCUUUUCUUGUAAAAAUCACUUCUUGUUUUUUACAUGUACAGCGACCAACUACAAGGUUCCCUCCUAGUGGGGGGAUCUGUCAUGCCACUCGCGUCAAACACAAACACCAACCCUGAACCCCCUGCAAUUGCUCAAAGCUUAAUAUAGCAGACGCAUUUUUGCAAGAACAUUCAACGAUUACCCGGCCGCUCCUAGUACUACACACGGUUAGAAGUGGUCUGCGUCUGAUCGAUCUUUGAGGAAUACGAGAAGCAUGCAAAGCUGAAGCUUUUGGAUUUUGCAUAGGUUUAGGUGGUGGUCGUGAAAAGGGCCGAAGUUGUAGAGAUUUAUGGAAACAAAUCAAGAUAGUGAAAAUAAGUAAGCAAAUCAAGAAUAGUGAUGUCCUGGUCGUUGUCACCUUUCAUCCUUUGUCUGCCAACAUGCUCGUCAGGACUCUUUCGCAGAAUAAUAUCCCGAGGAUCAUAUAGCGAUACUUUCUCUUUUUUUCAAGAAAAGAAGAGCAAGAUGAAAGGCGGCUCAAGACUCGUCCUGAAUAAUAGACUUUGUUCAGACAAAUUUUGCCUACAAAAUACAGAUAUGGAAAUGCUAUAGACGAAUGCCAAACACAAAUUGCGUUGCAAGGUUUCGGAUAUGGUAAGGUUUCAGCAAUUUUUGCACCUCGUUUUCAUCAUUCCUUCGUAUAGAAUUUGGCGUUUCGAAAUCUCAUCCUUACCCUUACCACUAUGCGCGCUUGUGGUAGCAGCACCUACUGCGAAUAAACCAAACCCUGCUUCAAGCUGGUAACCAGAAUAAAUUCAGCAACGUCAAGCUUGUGGUAGAAACUCAGCCUAUCAACAUCAAGGUAAGACGUAGUGGUAGUGCUUACCGAUGAAGUGGCCGCAGGCGGUAGUUCCUACAGCACAAGUGCUAUUGCAAAGCGUGAUUUUUAGAAGAGACAAUAUAGAACUUUCAGGGCGAAAAGUAUUUUUCAGCUGAAUUGUUGAUGUAGUCUUUAUGCAUCCAAUCGACACCGUUGCUCUCGGAUUUUUUUUUGUUUUGGAUGUGUGAAAUGGUUUUAUGAUAAUGAUGUGUGUCAAUGUCUAUCAGAUAAUGUUAAUGAUCUUCUCGAGUUUGUUGCAGCAGUCUUGUGGCAGCUCAACAUCCAUCGUUCUCCAUAACUUUAACUACGUUUGACUUGUUCUCAUCAAGAACUCGUUUCCUGUUUCUCAUUUACUCUUCUGCUAUUGCCCAGCCACAGUUUCAGUUCCGUUGCCCAGUAACAGUACCAAUUUUCAUGCCCCUUCCGCUUUUUUUAGGCAUGAUUCUUUCUGCUGCUUUCUAAUUUGGAACCACGCGACUGUCACUUUUAACCAGUACAACUUGCGCUCUUUCUUCAUCUGCUGCUGACGACAAGGCCUCAGAAUGAAUCUGCCUUUUAUUUUUUCACACGACGACCCCGACGUGCGCAGGAGCACCCCGAUCUUCACCGCCCUGCCUGAGCAACAGCGUUACAGCCUUUAUUUGUCUGCAGUCAUAGUCUACAUGAGUAGAUGGCAUCAACUAGGACAACAAGGCCUUCCCCGUCCUGUGGCAAAAACAAUCCCAGCUAUACCUUUAUUCACCCGAGAGAAGAAGUAGUUGUGCUGCAAGAACUCUUUGAUUUUUGCAACUACUUUUUUUUAGUCAACCUCAUACGUACCUUUUUUUUCCACCACAAAAGCGACAGACCGAAAGACAUUCCUUCCCUGCUGUUGAGACUUCUAUAAUUCUACCAAAUAUUAAACCCGCUCCUUCGCCUUCAGUGGUCGGCCACGAAUACAAAAAUCGCAGCUAUGAUUUUUUACGCUGUCGUCCUCCUGCUGCCCAGAACCUCCUACCUUCUACCAACAUUUUUUUCGAUGAAAAUAGUAUGAACUGCUUGCCACCGAAGGGAAAAUGAAUCGCAAUUAUUUUCCGCAAGCAUGCCCAUACUAUGGUGAAGACCUUGACACCUGUUUAUUGGACUACUACGAAGUUUCAUCCGGAAAAACAAAAAAUGAUGCUAGUAUUGUUAUUCCUCCCGCUGGUCUAAGAGUACUAUCGGACGCCGCGAACAU